UAGUCGCUAGAGGGCGAUCACGCUAAAUGUCCUCUGUUUUUGUCCAAAGGGAACAAUAAAACGACAGCGAAUCAUCUUCUCCCAGGUAAUUUCCUCCGUGAGUUGUAUUUCCUGAUUAGUAGAAAACAUUUGCACCUUAACUGUAGAAAACACACGUUUUUAAAACUUGUUUCUUUGGUGUGAGAAGGUUAGUCGUACGUAGUCGAGUUUGAACCGGUUAGCAGGACGUCAACGUUUAGCUCGGAAGUUGUCAUGGUAACUCGCCAAUAACUGAAUGUAUCCAGCAAGCUAGCAGGCUGAAAGCAUCCAAUUUUAUGAGUGCUUUAAACCUCCUGUGCUGGUCCCAAACAUGAGGAGAAUAUCCAGGAAAAAAGCUCUGACUCUGGUGAAGGAAUUAGAUGCUUUUCCCAAAGUGCCUGAGAGCUACGUGGAGACAACAGCCAGCGGAGGAACAGUGUCUCUGGUAGCUUUCUCCCUCAUGGCGGUUCUGUCCUUCCUGGAGUUCUUUGUGUACAGAAACACAUGGAUGAACUAUGAAUACGAGGUGGACAAAGACUUCACCAGCAAACUCAGGAUAAAUGUAGACAUCACAGUAGCCAUGAGAUGCCAGUACAUAGGAGCAGAUGUCCUGGAUCUGGCAGAGACUAUGGUUGCUUCAGAUGGUUUAAAAUAUGAGCCAGUCAGGUUUGAACUCCCACCAGAGCGAAAACUGUGGCACAUGACUCUCCUGCACAUCCAGGACCGUCUCAGAGUGGAGCACUCUCUGCAGAACGUGCUCUUCAAGUCUGCAAUGAAAGGACCUUCUCCGGCUCCGAGUCAAAGUGAUGACAGCUCCAGUUCGCCCAGUUCCUGCAGGAUACAUGGGCACCUGUAUGUCAACAAAGUGGCAGGGAAUUUCCACAUCACUAUUGGCAAGUCCAUACCUCACCCUAGAGGUCACGCCCAUCUAGCUGCACUAGUCAGCCAUGACUCUUACAACUUCUCUCACCGGAUUGACCACUUAUCCUUUGGAGAAGAGAUCCCUGGCCUGAUCAACCCUCUCGAUGGCACAGAAAAGAUAACUACUGAUGGAAACCACAUGUUUCAGUACUUCAUCACCAUUGUGCCUACCAAGCUCAACACAUACCAAAUGUCUGCAGAUACACAUCAGUACUCGGUCACAGAGCGGGAGCGAGUUAUAAACCACGCUGCAGGCAGCCACGGAGUCUCGGGGAUCUUCAUGAAAUACGACAUCAGCUCACUGAUGGUCAAAGUCACCGAGCAGCACAUGCCUCUUUGGCAGUUUCUCGUCAGACUGUGCGGCAUCGUCGGAGGCAUUUUUUCCACGACAGGCAUGAUCCAUGGAAUGGUGGGAUAUUUGGUCGAUGUGGUUUGCUGUCGUUUCCAAAUGGGGAUCUACAAACGUAUGAAUGCUCCUCUGAAUGCAGAAGGAGAUGGUCCAAUUGUAGCACCUACAGGAAGUUACUCUGAGCAGUGACAGGAAAACUCUCCUCCUGAGGCAGGAGCAACCACGAGAUACUGGGUUUACGUUGUUCACGUUUUUUUAUUUGAAACCUUGGCCCUGUUUUUAAUUUCCUCAUUUGGAGGACUUUAUUGUUGGAAGGGAUUGUCGUUGAUAAUUCUAAUGAAUAUCCAGAAAGCUGACAGUUUUCAAAAGACGGAUCUCGGAGUUUGUUUAAUUUUUGGCUAAUUUGGCUAAUUUGCCUGUUUGACAUCUGUUGGGACAUUUUCCAGGUUUUUGGAUAGUUUUGACAUUGCUAAAAUCUGUGUGGGUGUUCUGUGCCUUUUAAAGAGGCAUAUUAUAGGAAAGGGGUUGUGUUAUGGGUAGAUAAAGUGUGAAUAAUUAUUGACUUUCAAACUGACAAUGAUGCUCUCCCUGGGUUGAAAACUGUAUCACCUGUUGCAAGCAUUUAUUUAUUAUUGAAUUCAUUAUUUGUGACAACAUUGGAGAAUGUAAAAGAUUUAAAUGGUGCCCAUUUUUGCAGUUGGUCAUUCAGUGGUGUUUCUCAUUAUGCAGUUUUUUUUUUUUUUUAAAGGUACAACUUUGACUAAAUAAUAAAAUGAAUUUUGAGAAACUUUAAA